AUGAGGAAAUUUCCAAGAAGGUCCAGAGAAUUUCGCCCAUUUGCUUGCAGAGGCAUGCUGAGGUUUGUGGACGUUUUGGAGCAUAAGUGCCCGUUUAAGCCAGAGUACAAGAAUUUCUUCGGAAGGCUAAAGAGCUACGUGAGCUUCCUAAACUUGGCAUCCACGUCGAAAAACUAUGAUGUCGAGUUGAAAGGGCAAGCCGAGGGCCUUAAUAGUGCUAUGUCUGCACUGACUGGUAAAGGCGGAUCAUCGGUGGAUUCUACCAAAGUUAUAGAUACUUUAAUGUCAAUGGGAAAGACUAUGGGGGACAACCAGAGGAGUGGUUCACUAAUAAUGAGGUUAGGAGAAAGGAGAGAGCUGGCCAUGUCUAUGGCUAAAUGGGCACAAGUGAUCAGUCAAUUCGUUUCGAGUGCCGCAGCAAAGAGUGGAAGCUCUAUUGAUAUCUCAUCUUUAGGAAUUGAUGGCAUCGAUGCAGAAAUUAACUCAUCAUCUACUUCUGAAACUGGAACCUCGUUAAACAAAGGCACUGGCACCACAAAUGUAGGAUCGACCGACAUUUCAGCUGGAGGCCCUACUGGAAGUACAAACACUGGCACAACAACUACUAGUUGCACCACAGGUGCAUGUUCUUCGGGUGGUGGAGUAAAUCCUAAUGGUGGUAACUCCUUUAAAGGAUCUAUCAACUACAAACAGUCGUCAGACCAGAAAUCCUCCGAUCAAACCGUCACUGGCAGCUCCUAA